AUGGAUGACACGAAGAAGAACCUUGCCCAGUCUGUUGGUGGCUCCACAGAGGCGGCCGAGCAAGCGGCACCUCGUGGUAGAAGAGUAUCACAAUGGGAAGGUCCUAACGAGGAAUUCCUGCAAAUGCUGAUGAAUUUGGGGAUAUCGAAAAACGCAGCUGUUAAGGUACCGUGAAAGUUGCUUAAGAUUUGUUCACGUGUCAUGUCAAGAUUUGCUCCGCCGCGAGGAAAACAAAAUUUUCCUCUCGAUAUGGAUUUUUAUUAGUCUCAGUUUCCUCAUGAAUUUUAAAAAAGAGUCUUGCCGUACUGUUUAACUUGUAAAAACGUUUAUUUGUUUAGAAAACUGACAGUAUGCAUAUGUCACGCGGCGAAGCCCCCCCCCGCCCCUUGCGUCGCCUCCAGGGAGGGGGGACUCCAUGUAAAAGGGCGUGGAUCAAUCUAGAAGUGGUUCAAGUGUAUUUGCCCUUUUAAUAAACGAUACCAAUCUAUUCCCCGCUAACAGAAGCAUUUUUCUCCAAUGUGUAGUUCCAGAAAAUGUCCAUACUCCCGCCACAGAAGGAUUGGAAAUUCCUGGGGGAUGGGGGGUUCUCAAAGGCCCCAAAAUUUAAGUAAAUGUAUGAAGCUUGACUGGAAUUUCCAGAGAGAUGGGGGGAUCUAAGGAAAAAUCCCUUUCAUGGGGGAGGAAUGGAUAAUUUUUGGAACCACACAAUUCAAGAGAAAAGAGGCCUGUGCUAGCAGACAAACCAUUCUUUUACAGAUAUUAAAAUAAUGGCUAUGGUAGUUGUUUUACACCUAAAAAUAAACCCUUGGGCCACCAGUUGAAUUUUCAGAUGUCAUACAAAAUGUCAUUGUUUGGUAAUUUUCAUGUAGAUGAAAGACUUCCACAGAUCAAUAGAAAACUUUUAAAUUAAUAUUUGAUAAAAUUAACAGGUUUCAUGGGAAUAAGGGUACAGUUAACACUUUUGAGUGAAGAGUGGAACCUGCAUUUGCUGUCAGUUGUUAUUGUUCUGUUUUAGUCGCAGGAGUGUUUUGCAAAAUAAAAUUUCAGACUUCCCAUGAAUUAACUCUUAUCAGAAAAUUAUCAGGGUAAUACACCAUCAGGGCUCGAAGUUAACUUUUUAGUGCACUUGCAAAGUUUUGCUAGUAAGAAUUUUUUCCACUAGCAAACUGGUGAGACCACUAGCAAAUUUUUUCUGUUUGUUUGGGGACAUGGAUGAUUCUAACCGACAAACGUUUUGCCAGUGGAUAUUUUUCUCACUCGCAGAUUAUCAAAGUGACUCGCAUAAUUUUUGGGAGUUUGCGAGCGUUAAUUUCGAGCCCUGACCAUACUUCAAAAUGAUAGCAAUUAAAUUUUUUGUUUAAUUCAUAAUUAGCUAAAUUAGCCAUCUUUGCCUCUAUUGCAUCUGCAAAACUCAAAUCAAGACAUUCUGGAUCCAAUAAUUUAUUAUGAAGAAAAAAUAAUAAGUGAAUUUCCCACCAUUCUGGCACAGGUAGAACCUGCGAGCAGAGUCACCUUCGAUCUUCCUAGAUGAGUCGGGAAGAGGAAGUUGUGUCAAAUCUCAAGGUUUAAUGAGUAACUCAGUUUGAAAGCGAGGCCGCCCGAGGCUUGGUUACAUUUCAAUUCGCAGCAUGCUAAAUAGGAAUUGUGCAGCCCACGAGCAGAGUCUCCUUGCUCUUCCCGACUUCUCUAGGAAGAUCGAAGAAGACUCUGCUGGCAGGGUAGCAUAGGUAAAGAUCUCGUGCUUAAUGUUGUCAAGUUGGUAAUAGGCAAAAUUUUAUGCAUUCCAGGGUCUAUUCAUGACUGAUAACACUUCUGUUGAUGCUGCUGCGAGCUGGGUGCUGGACAAUCAGCAUCUGGAGGAUUUAGAUGAACCUUUCAAGGUACAUAAAUAAUUAUUAUGAAGGAAAAAACAAUGGUCUGUUACCCUCAGCAGCAGAAUACAAGCAUAUGUGGUUUAGUUACUGUGGUAUGUGAACUCCCAGCAAGGGUACUCCAGAUUUCAAGUGACAAGGUUGAUCCAAGUAUUCUUUUGGGUUUCGAGUUUUCGAUUCCAGAAUUUUUUUAGGUAGGAAAAUUUGGCAAGUAUUGUCUUGGUGGCUUGAUUUAAGGCCCACAUAUCCCGGCCACAUUGUUCUGUAAUUAAAGUACAACCCAACUUGUUUUCCUUUCUGGAGAUUUUUAAGGCUCAAAAAUUCGAAGGAGGAUUUUUUUGGGCUUAAUUUUUGGUUCAGGGAUUUCUUUGGGUUUUGUUUGAACCCCUAGGGACUUUUUUGGAUUUAGAUUUUUGGCCCCCUUCAAACAUCCCUGUCACUUGAAAUCUGGAGUACCCCCCUCCCUCCCUCCUGAGGGUGUGUGCUGCAUGCAUACAAGAGUAAAAUACAAAAAUGUGGGUCUUAAACAAGAGUUGAUCUGUCAAUUUCCCAUUGUCAUAAAAUGAAUGCCAGAUUUUUCCUCUUGUUCCUUUCCCCGAAAUGUCGGAAAGGGCUUGGGGUUUUUUUGUCUAUAGGCGGUUUAUUAGGUCCCACAUCUGCGAGUGUCUGGUUUUGUUAGGUAACACAUUUAGACUGUAAGUUUUUUGUUCUGUUAAAUUUUUGUACUGUCAAACCCCACUUCAUGGACACCUGCUUUAUACAGAAACCUCAUAAAUUUAUAACAGACAGUUUGCUGUGCCCUAAUGGGAAAAAAAAGCCCAUACAUUUUUCUCUAAAUUCAGCCCACUAAAUACGGACCAUUAAUACUGACACUUUCUAUGGCAUUUUCACUUUUUGUUAUAUGAACAGGAUUUGACUGUAUAUAUCUUGCACUUUUAUUUUGAUGCCUAAAGAAUAAAUUUAUGUCUUGUCUGCAGCCAGGUAAAGAUGCCCCAGCGCUGGAAGCCCAUCCAUUUGCACACACGUUCCCUCUGGAUGAAAAGACCAUGAAAAGCCCUUACAAGAUGGUGUUUGUUGUCAACACAGAACUGAACAUGGGUCCUGGUAAAAUUGCGGCCCAGGUUGGCCAUGCUGCUGUUGGUCUUUAUAAGGAACUGGCCUCAAAACCACACAAGUAUGACUACAUGUUAUCCCAAUGGGAUGAUUUUGGGUAAGUUGUGAGAAUUCGUAGGCUGAUAUUAGGAUGUUAAGAAUGUUUUGUUUGUUUUCUUUUUCACUUUGUAAACUAGUCAGGCACUCCCUGAGGUCAUCGGUAAUCUACCAACAUAGCUAGUACUGCCUUGUUUUAAAUUUAAUUUAUGUCUGUAAUUACUCCUUUUUCCAUUUCAAUCUUUUAGAGGAACAAAAAUUGUGCUGAAAGGUGAAAAUUCAGCCCACUUAUUCGACUUAGAGGAUCUAGCUCAAAAAGCUGAGAUGCCGUACUAUCUUGUACAUGAUGCUGGAAAGACACAGGUGUGAACAUUGAUAUAAUUAUAUACUUUUUGUGCAAGUCCAGUCUAGACCAACUAAGUCCAUUCCUUGGUUUCAAAUUAACACUUUGCACAUAACAUUUGUUUCAUAAACAUUUGCCACGUUCAUCUCUUUACGGGAAAACAUGAACACAUAAUUGACCAGCUCCUAACGUCAGUGGCUUCAUAGCUUAGUUGGUUAGAGUGUCUCACUGGUAUUGUGAGGUCACGGGUUCAAAUCCUGUUGGAGUCCUGAAUUUUUUUCAGGCUUCUUAUGCAAUUGCAUAAAUUGCGUUCACAACUGCGAGGACCAUUCUUCAUUUGAUUUUGACAUCUACCUCUGUUUGUUCUUAUGAUAUCACCCAAACAGAGAGCUUCCUCACAGGCAAUUUUAUUCUGAGCCAGUGAGGGUAGGGCUGUACUCCUUGGGGCUAUUCCCUAUAAUGGCAUUAAUGGGGAGGCUCCGCCCAGAAGAGGUACCUUUUUCAGUAUCCAGUUAUGUGACAAGGUGGGGAUUUCACUAGCUGAAGUAUAUGAAACGAUAGGGAAAUCUCUCAUUUCAGUUUAGAGAUCGGAGAGGGCCAAGGGGGCUAGCAGAUGCAUUUUGUGGUAUGUUAAAGGUUGAGAAAAUAUUCUGGUUUUGUGAUAAUUAAUUCAUAUUUUAAAGGCAGUUUGCAAAGUUCUCAACUGGGUAUACAAAAGGAGUACAUUUUCUGUCCAAAAUGGUAUUUCAAAGGUUAAGGGGUUUGGGUUGGACCUCGGGACAAAGCCUCCCUAUAUACAAGUUUGUUGAGUACCACCUCCCUCCCCCUCCCAGUCACGGUCGGUUGGACACUCCCAGGAAAAAUCAGUUAAUCAGUUCUUGUAGUGUAUACAAAUGUCAAUCAUACACAUGCGUGUCUGAUAAUUACAUCGUGUAUCUUUUGCAAUGUAUUGCUUUGCUCACACACUGUAUUGCUUUAUUGCUUGAUUGCAGGUAGCGUCUGGUUCAUUAACGGUUAUUGGUCUUUUUGGUUCCUCAUCAGAAGUAGGGACUCUAACUGGGACAUUGUCAUUACUAUAGCUUCAGGUUAUUAUAAGAUAGUAGGAUCUAUAGAAGAAGAAGGGACUCUAACUGGGACAUUGUUAUUACUGUAGCGUAGGUUAUUAUAAGAUAGUAGGAUCUUUAUAAAGGUAUCUAAGAAGGUUUCUCUUGAAUAUCCUUUUACUGGUAACAAUCAGAUCUAUGUUCACAAUAUGAAACAAAGUCUGUCUGCAUAAAAAUUUUUACAAGAGUGGCCUUGUAAGUCUUUUCUCUCAACAUGUUUAUCCGCAAACUCACCAAUUGUCCACCUUUCGAGGGAUGCCAAAAGUCUCAUCCACAGUCAGAUCAGCUGUUGGUUCAAUGUUCUAAAAUGAGUUAGCGAAAUGCUACUAGUAAAGUAUUGUACAACCUUUCUUGGGAUUUGCUUAAGUAUGUGCCACCUUAAGCAACAACUUGUUAAGAUGGCCCUCUCCUGGUUGCACAGUUUUUUCUUUUCAAAGAAAAAUGAUGAAAUAAAACCUCCAUGAACUUGCAAUUGUCAGCAAUUAAGACCUUCAUAAAAUUCAUCAGAAAGCGCUCUAUUGUUUAAAGUUAUUUCAGUAAAGUUUUAUUAGAACAACAAAAAGUAUAUCCAUCUCCAUUUCUCAUGCAUUUGCAAACGGUAAUCUUCAGUUUGCUUUUUAAGUGUAAUGGCAAUUCAUUUCAUUGACUCAAGUUGUUGUUCUCAAUAAAUUAUUAUAAGAUACACUUUUCAUUGUGAGUUCAGUAUCUGAGGAUUUUUAUUCAGAGCUCUGGGUAAUGGCCUUAAUUGAGCAUGGAAAAGGGCUGUAAACGAUUUUCAUAAUCUAUCUAGAAAAUAAUAAAUAAAUAAUAAAUAAAAGAUUCAAAGACAUCCUUUAUUCAAACU